AUGGCUAAAGUGCUGGAAAAGCUGCAGCUCAAACUGAACCUUCCCAGUUCACGUAUAAAUGAUAAUCAGCAUGCCUUUACAACCAAACGAUCAACCGUGUCCGCACUCACCAACAUCUCGCAGAACUGGUUUAAUGUGACCGACAAUACUCAUAGCGCCAAAAAUGGAGUUCAUGCACUAUUCAUAGAUUUUCGCAAAGCGUUUGACCUUGUUGACCACGGAAUUCUACUUCGUAAGCUCGCAAAAAUGAAUGUAACCAAAGCCUUUUGGCAAUGGACGCGUAGUUUUCUGGAAGAUAGAAGACAACAGGUUAAACUAGCAGGAACCCUAUCAUCGGUCAAACCUUGUCCUGCAGGAGUCCCACAAGGUUCUGUGAUGUCCCCCGCUCUUUUUAAUAUUCACAUUAACGAUAUUGAGAACUCAAUCCCAAAUGGAUUAUCCAUAAACAUAUGCAAAUACGCGGAUGAUUGUACACAGGACGAAGUGGUGUCACAAGGUUCAUCCAGCCAUAUGCAGGAGGCCCUUGAAGCAGUACAAGAAUGGUCUAAUAGGAACAAAAUGACGAUAAAUUCGAAAAAAACAAAAGAUAUGUGGAUAUGUUUUAACACAGCAAUACCGGCACCAGAACCAUUGGUCAUUGGAAACGAGGUAGUGGAAAGAGUAAAUUCUCAUAAACUGUUGGGUGUCUGGCAUCAAAACAAUUUGAAAUGGAACUGUCAUGUUAAGAACAUUGUAAGGAAAGCAAAUAAACGAAUGUUUAGUCUGAGAGAAUGCCGUAGGGCGAAUCUUCCUCCUGAGGUCGGUAUUACAUGUUAUGAAUCCAAGAUUAGCCCUGUUUUAGAAUAUGCAGCUCCGAUAUGGGGUGGUUUACCACAAUAUCUCAUUGAUGAAAUAGAGAGCAUUCAAAACAGAUGCAUCAAAAUCCUCGGCACAUCUCGGUGCAACUUUGAAACGCGAGAACAAAGAAGGGCACACCUAACUGUUAAGGAAUACCAAAGAAUUCUAAGUGAUCCGACCAACCCAUGUAAUAAACUUAUCCCCCAACCUUUUACCCAUGAACACGAUCUAAGAGCAACAAAUAAUCUACCAUAUGUUGUAUCGUAUACUAAAAGACACCGGCAAUCCUUUAUACCUAGAGCUAUAUCCCUUUUAAAACAGUCGUAA